AUGGACUUUCGCACCGUUGAGUCAGACCCGAGGCCGGAGCCAGAAUUUCGUGUCACUAUCGGGAUCUGGACCUUCGAAACGUACCCGCAGGAGCCGCACGUGUUGAAGCCGCAGACUUCGAAGCUACCGAUGUUGCAGACGUUGAAACUGCAGAUGUCGAAGCUGGCUAUGCUGAGACGGCAGACAUUGAAACCGCAGUUGAAACAGACGUCAGAGACUACGAUUGCCGUGGAAGUGCCAGUCGGGCUGCUGGAUCGCCAAGGACCCCUCGAGUUCAAUGUGCACGCCGAGGUGGUCUGUCAGAUAUGCAGUUCGGAUGAAAACCAGAAGAUUAACGACGAAGACCUGGAGUUCACCACAGUUACCCUCCACUGCGACGAAAAAGUGUUCUGUCCUCCGCAAAAAGUUGUCUGUACGCCGUGCUAUGACUAG